AGGUCUUGUUAGGCUGUCUGGCUACUUGACUGUGAGAGCUGGGGCAAAGACGGAGGAAAUGUGAGGAAAUAUUUGAAUUGUUGGUCUGAGAACCUUCAGACUACAACAAUAAAAUUAGUUAACGUCGCAGAGGGAUGCAUCUACGCAAAUGAGAUGCAAAGACACACUUAAGUCCUGCGUGAAGAUCUGAGAAGAACAUGAUACUAGAACCUUCAGCUGCAGCUGCAUCCAGAUCAUCCAAGCAAAACUCAGACUGUCAUGCAGAGGCAACCUACUCUGGAGCUGUCAGCCACUCAGAGGAGGACUCUGGGAAUGAGAACAGACAGAAGAGUGCGAGACGACGGAAGAGAGCGCACAGCCUCUCCGAAAAUGACAAGAGCAAAAAGGCCAAAGCUGGCUGCAGCAGUGGUGGCAGAACACGGGGUAGACGUGUCAGACAGGAACACGUGGAAACGGUCACGCUGUUUGAGGUGAUCACCAUGGGCAAGAGCGCCAUACAGGCGGUGAUAGACGACUGGAUUGAGGCGUAUCUGACAGACAGGGAUACUUCUCUCCUGGAUCUCAUCAGCUUUUUUAUCCAGUGCUCCGGAUGCAAAGGUGUGGUCACAGCAGAGAUGUGUCAGAGCAAGGAGGACAGAGCUAUGAGGAGGAAGAUGGUGGAGGAGCUCGAUGAGGGUGCUGGCCUGCAGUUUAAGAGGUUCCUGGUGUUUCCGUGGAUCCUCACGGUCACGUGGCCCGUGGAUGCUGACAGUGCCGAGUAUCCCCUCGUGCAGUCUGGACCGUCCGGUCGCUGGUUUCACUCUGAGUUCUGUGAGUUUGUGUCGGUGCUGGUGGCUCGGUGUCAGCACAGCGUCAUGUUUGACAGCUACCUGAUGAACAACCUAAUCUCGCUGCUCACCGAGCUGUCUGACUCGCGCAUCCGAGCUUUCAGGCACACCUGCACGCUCGCAGCGGUGAAGUUGCAGAGCUCUCUGGUGGGCGUGGCUCUGAGCCUGAGCGUUGGGGUUGAAAACAAUCAGAAACUGUACGAGGUGCAGAGGACCAAGACGGUGCGAUCGAAGAGCGCGCAGCAGCUGGAGAGAAUACAGAACAUCUCAGAGUUACAGGAGAGGCGAGCCGAAAUAGAAGGCAUGAUGGACGCCAUUUUCAAAGGAGUUUUUCUUAAGAGAUAUCGUGAUAUGCUUCCAGAGAUCCGCUCCAUCUGCAUGGAGGAGUUGGGUUUGUGGAUGAAGCUCUACAGCUCUGCAUUCCUUAAUGACAGUAACCUAAAGUACCUGGGCUGGAUGAUGCACGACAAGGUACCAGACGUGCGUUUGAAGUGUGUGCUGGGUCUGCAGGGUUUGUACAGCGAUCCUGUCCUUCUGCCUAAAUUAGAUCUGUUCACCAGUCGCUUCAAGGACCGGCUGAUCUCCAUGACUCUGGAUAAGGACAACGACGUGGAGGUACAGGCCAUGAAGCUGCUUGUCCUCAUCUCCAAGUCGUGUGAGGAUGUCCUCACACCAGACGACUACAAGCAGCUCCUCCCGUUUGUUUACUCCUCCCAUCGGCCUCUCGCUGCCGUCACAGGGGAGCUGCUCUUCUCCAGGAUUGUCAACGCUGCAGCUCCUGCCUCUGACCUCCAGGGUGAGAUGAGUGAAGAGGAGGCACAAAAACAGCAGACAUUAGCCAGACUUAAAGCUUUGCUGCAGUUUUAUCAGGAGUCUGAGCUGCAUGAGCAUGUGGUGUAUCUGGUGGACAGCCUGUGGGACUGUGGUGGAUCUCUGCUGAAGGACUGGCCCACGCUCACAGCUGCUCUGCUGCAGAACUCCUCUUCACCCAGCGCAGGUGGAGGCUUCACACCAGCAGAACAAGCGGUGAUCGUAGAGAUCCUGGUUGCGUCGGCUCGUCAGGCGUCGGAGGGUCCGGCGCUGCCAGGGAGGAGUGGAGCUAAGAAGGCGAUGAGCAUCAAAGAAAAGAAAGUCCAAACAGACGACUGUCUGAAGCUCACUGAACAUCUCCUCAGGGUGCUUCCUCAGUUACUCUCUAAGUUCUCAUGUAGCUGUGACAUUAUUACCUCCCUGAUGAGGAUUCCUCAGUUCUUCCUCCCAGAUUGUCCAGAAACAGGAAACACUCAGCUGGUUUCCAGUCUGAUUUCGGAGAUGGCAGCUGUUUUGGACCUCUGCUCGGACCCUGCGGUUCUGGAGGCGGCGUCCCGUUCGUACCUCUCUUUGUGCGGUGAAGGGGCAGCCUGGUGCUGCACGACCAGAACCGCACGAGACUCUCUGGUCCAACGUUGGGUAGAUCAGCUGACUGAGCUGCUGGGGGAGUCACUCAGGGGUGAUGGGUUCUCUGCUGACGAGGAGAAAACCAGAGAAAUUGUUGCAACAGUGAAGAAACUCAGAGCUUUUCACAACUGUCAUGACCUCAGUCGGUGGAGUGUAUUCGAUCUGCUGGCUCCUCUCCUGACGGAGGAGAGCAGCCAUGGAGGAGCUCCAGCUGAGGUGCUGGAGGAGGUGCUCCAGUGCUUGUCCUUCUCUAUGAUCUGGUCGCUGAACACGAGCAGCGAAACGUUGACCUGCAGAGAGAAGGCUGUAGCUCAGAGGCUCCAGCUGCGGGUCUUCUGUGAGCAGAGUCAUCGCUGCCUGUCUCACUCUCAGCUCAGUGUGAGACAUCAGGCUUUUCUGGGUGUUUGUGAUGUCCUGCUGGCUCAUUCCUACCAGAUCCAGGUGUGGGAUCCCACCUCCUACAGCCCACUGCUGUACACGCCCAGUCCCAGACUGCAGAGGGCGCUGUUGACCUUCGUAUGUGCACAUGUGUUUGUGGACCCGGACUCUGACGGCCAGAACAGGGUGAGUGAAAACUCUGAAAUGGAGAGACUGGAGGACCUUCAUAGAAAAAGAAAUAUGCUGGCAGCCUUCUGCAAACUGAUUGUGCAUGGGGUGCUGGAGAUGAGCACGGCGGCUGAGGUCUACACGCACUACAUGAAGUAUAAUAACGACUUUGGUGACAUCAUCAAGGAGACGAUGUUUAGGACCAGGCAGAUAAAUAAGAUGGAGAGUGCUCGUACUCUGGUGCUGUGCUUGCAGCAGCUGUUUGUGAGGCUUAAACAGGAGCAGAGCAGCAGCAGGGCCCAAUCAAGAAUCCAGACGUUCACCAGCAUCAAAGAGCUGGCCCGGCGAUUCGCCCUCACCUUCGGUGACGUGGUCAAGUUUCGUGAGUGUGUUGUCAUGAUUCACAGGACCAGCAUAGAGUUUGUGUUCCAAGAGUUCAGUCAGACUCCAGACGGAGCUACGCCACCGUUUCUCUCCUACCUGGCCAUCCUCAGCGAGUUCUCCAGCAAACUGCUCAAACCAGACAAGAAGACGGUGUUCUCCUACCUCCUACAGCACACUGCAGAGCACAUAAUUGACCUCAGGGAGGAGUGCUGGCAACCGCUCAUCUACUACCGGGCAUCUUUACUGGCUGUGGCUGAAACGGAGGAUGCUGGAUCACAUGUUGGCUCUGACAGGAGGCCCAACCUGCACAGUCGCUCUCCCUUCUCCAAACAAAAACUAGAAGGAAGCAAGUCCCCCUGUCAGAUUCGCCCGAUUGAUAAAGUUAGUAAAGUUCCCAAACCGAGCACCUGUCCUAAUCAGCAGAAGUUACGUGACAUGGAUCCGUUGGCUGUUCCUCUGGAGCUUCAGGAGAAAAGCUUCAACUCGGAGACAUCUGUCCUCGUGAUCCACAACGAGCCAGAAGAUGGCACUGUGGAGGUUGAGCUGUGAGGACAAGACCUCAAAAUCUGCACCUUACUAGAGCCCUGCACGGGCCUAAAAUCUGAGCCCGUGUCCGGCCCGGCCCGAGGAGGUGGAGCCCCAGCCCGACCUGGUCUGAAAAGGUUUUCAGGAUUCUCUGGCCCGACCCGAGCCCGAUUUUUUUUUUUAACCUUUCAUAAUGUUUUAGCGUGAUAGAAUGGUCAGCAUUCUAAUUAUCUGUGAGAAGCGUUCUGCAGUAAAAAAAAAAGAAAGAAAAACAGCAUUCAAUGCAGCUUUUUUUUCUAACAGAGCGUAUUUUCCGAGCGGCAGAUGAAAUUUACGAACACUACAUUAAUUGGAUGCGUUUGUACAUUUAAUCUGCUCUGAAAAUGCGCUCUUGUGCAAGUAGGAAAAAAGCAGCAUUCUAAUUUUCUAACUGCAGAGCGCAUUUCCAGAGCGGCAGAUGAAAUAAACGCCCCCAAUUAAUAAAGCGUUUGUAAAUUUAAUCUGCCUCUCUGAAAAUGCGCUCUGCAGUUAGAAAAAACCAGCAAUGAAUGCUCUAUUUUUUUUAACUGCAGAGCGAAUUUAUUCACAGGAAAAUAGAAUGCUGCCGUUUUCAUGAGAAUAAACGAAUGGUUUCUGACAUAUCAAAGUGGACAUAAAAUGCCAUAUUAGAAUAGGGGCACAAGUUUCAAUCAGCAGUUUGAGAAUUCGUUUAUAUAGGCGCAUUUAUAAAACACACAGACCUUAACUGAGCUAACGAUGCGUGAGAAGCAGGCAGGUGCUGCUGCGUUCAAGUGUUUUUUAAAAAAAUGAAUUCGAUUAAAAAUAAAGGCGCCCGGCCCGGCCCGUGUCCGAGAUAAUUACACAGUCGUCGGGCUUCAGUGCAGGGCUCUACACCUUACGGACCGUUUCCUCUCCUGACUUUCAUCGCUUAAGCUAAAGUAUCCAGUGGUUUAAUUCAAUUAUGACACAUUAAAACAAAUCAUAUUUUAGUAAAUUAUCUUUUAGGAGAAAUCUUUUGAAGUAAUCAGCCAAUUCAAGUUCAAGAGCGUUCUUUUUUUUUUAGCAAGUGGAUGAGUAAAACCUGAGAAAUGUCAGAGCAGAGGUCAAAACGACCCACACCAGCAGAUGUAGGAGCAUGUUAGUUCUCAGGAUCAUAUCGGUGACUUUCUUGGUUUUUCAUAUGAAACAUGAUCUGGUUAGAACAAGCUGUUCUUGAGAAACCACCGGGUUCUGUGGCAGAAGAUAUCAGACUUAUUACUCGUGGAAAAACUUUCAUAAAGUUAGAGCUGCAAGCUCCACUUGAAUGUUAAAAUAACACUAACAUGUUGAAUUUAUAGUGAUGUAAUUUAAAUGAUGUGGCUUUUAUUUGAGCUUUUUUGUAGACAUUUCUGAUAAAGUUCUAUUUAUGCAUUUUAUUUAAUCACUUUAAAUAAAAAACUCGUGUCUAAAAUAA